GGGAAAAGAUAUGGGCAGGGAUGGCGAAGGAGCGGUUGUGGGUCCUCACAAAACCGCGGCCUGUCUUCCCCUUUCCUUUUCACAAUUUCGGCUUUUGUUUACCCCCCAGCCGUCCUCUCUACGACCCCCUCCCCUUUCCCUCCCCCUCCGCCCGACGAGUUCCGCGCCCCCAUGGAGCGACGGGCACCGGCGGAGCCCAAGCGGAGCGGGAUGGAGAAGGCCCGGAAGGACGCGGCGGCUGUGGGCGACGAUGGCGACGAGGAGGAGGAGGAGGAGGUCGCGGCCGUGGAGGAGGAGGACAGGAAGAGGCGGCCCCCUCCUCCUUCCUCCGCCGGCCCGCGGGGAUCGGGUGGCGGGGGAACUUCGCAGCCGUGCUGCCAGGCGGAGAAGUGCACCGCCGAUCUGACGGAGGCCAAGCGGUACCACCGGCGACACAAGGUGUGCGAGGCCCACUCCAAGGCCCCCGUCGUCAUCGUCGCCGGCCUCCGCCAAAGGUUCUAGCAAUGCAGCAGGUUCCAUGAGCUAUCAGAGUUUGAUGACUCUAAGAGGAGCUGCCGUAGACGUCUGGCUGGCCACAAUGAGCGGCGCAGAAAGAGUUCUUCUGAAUCACAGGGAGAGGGCUCAAGCUAAUGUAGGCAGGCCGAUCCAGAUGAGAGGAUUCAGAUAAGUCUCCCUGGAAAUCCCACCUACAAGCGUUACCGGAUCAGAUAAGCUCUUGAUUAUUCCCAUUCAAGCAUGCUCUCUCUCUUCUGUCAUGCAAUGGCUUUCCUUCUGUACCAACUAAUGCCAGAUUUCUCUGCCAAUCAAUGUAGCAGAAAUGUAUUUGAGCAGUACUUCAAGCUUAGCAGCACUGCUUUAACCAUAUUGUGGUUGUGAUACUUUAGUAAUUGUAAUUACAUAUGCAGUUAAGCUCUUUAAGGUGUGUGUUUUUCACUUCAAAUGAACACCUGUGGCUUUAUUUCAUUUUCUGGUCAAGAAUGUUCUAGUCUGUACCAUACUUAAAGCCAUGCAUCAUAUAUGUACUUUAUAUUGAGAUCUUGGAUGGAUCUCAAUUGACCAUGUUAAAAUCCUCAGUAUGCUUGCAAUGGACUUGACAAGUGUGGGUAUAGAGUAUGCAA